AUGACACUUGCCUGUCCUACCCCUGCUGGCUGGACCCAGAGUGACAGCCUCUCCUCCCUUGCUUGUUCUGCUGCAGGGUGUGGUCCCGCCCGGAGGCUACGGGGCUGGGGGAGCCUGGCCGGGGGGGCCCUGCUUAUAGCCCUCUGGCUCCUGUGGCUGCUGGAGUUGGCCCCUGGGGGUGCCCCAGCACACCAGCCCACAAUCACCAUCCUUGUCUGGCAUUGGCCCUUCACUGACCGGCCCCCAGAGCUGCCCAGCAACACCUGUGCCCACUAUGGCAUAGCCCACUGCCACCUGAGUGCCAACCGGAGCCUGCUGGCCAGUGCUGAUGCCGUGGUAUUCCACCACCGUGAGCUGGAGACUCGGCGGUCCUACCUGCCCCUGGCACAAAGGCCGCAUGGGCAGCCAUGGGUGUGGGCCUCCAUGGAGUCACCCAGCCACACUCACGGUCUUGGCCGCCUCCGUGGUGUCUUCAACUGGGUGUUGAGCUACCGACGUGACUCAGACAUCUUUGUGCCCUAUGGACGCAUGGAGGCCCGCUCAGGGCCCUCACCACCACUACCUACCAAAAGCGGAUUGGCUGCCUGGGUGAUUAGUAAUUUCCAGGAGCGGCAGCGGCGAGCACGGCUGUACAGGCAGCUGUCGCCUCACCUGCAGGUGGACGUGUUUGGCCGCGCCAGUAGGCGGCCACUGUGUGCCCACUGCCUGCUGCCCACCAUAGCCCGGUACCGCUUCUACCUGUCCUUUGAGAACUCCCAGCACCAAGACUACAUCACUGAGAAGUUCUGGCGCAAUGCGCUGGUGGCUGGUGCUGUGCCGGUGGUGCUGGGACCCCCUCGGGCUACCUAUGAGGCCUUUGUGCCUCCGGACUCCUUUGUGCAUGUAGAUGACUUUGGUUCGCCCCGUGAGCUGGCUGCUUUCCUCUCUGGCAUGAAUGAGAGCCAUUAUCGACGCUUCUUCCUCUGGCGUGACAGGCUCCGGGUACGACUACUGGAUGACUGGCGGGAGCGCUUCUGUGCUAUCUGCGCCCACUACCCCCACCUGCCCCAUGGCCAGGUUUAUGAGGACCUGGAAGGCUGGUUCCAGGCCUGA